AUAAUUUAAUUUUGACCAAUGAAAUUUACGUAUACUAUGCAGCCCGUGACGCGGAAGUGAGGCCAUUUCGCAAGAAAAUUAUUGUUUAUUUCGAAAGAAAACAGCGAAAAUGGGCUUCGAAACGUGUGGUCCCAAUGAAGUGAUGGUAGUUUCAGGAUGCUGCAGGGGGCAUUCAGAGUAUAUCCCUGGAGGCCGAGUGUUUGUCUGGCCAGUUAUUCAGAAACUACAGAGAAUGAAUUUAAACACCAUGACUCUAAUGAUCGAAAGUCCAAUGGUGUAUACUAAACAAGGGGUAGCAGUCUGUGUUACUGGUAUUGCCCAAGUAAAGGUUCAGGGUCAGAGCCAGGAAAUGUUGGCCUCUGCUUGUGAAUUGUUCCUUGGGAAGUCAGAGAACGAGGUACGCAAGGUUGCCCAGGAAACACUUGAAGGUCAUCAGAGAGCUAUCAUGGGAAACAUGACAGUUGAGGAGAUAUACAAGGAUCGUAAGAAGUUCUCUAAGCAUGUAUUUGAUGUAGCCUCAUCUGACCUGGUCAACAUGGGAAUCUGUGUGGUCAGUUACACACUGAAGGACAUCAGAGAUGAAGAGGGCUAUCUACGAGCACUGGGUAUGAAACGAACAGCAGAGGUACAAAGAGAUGCCAAGAUAGGAGAAGCUGAGGCUAAGAAGGAUUCAGGAAUUAAGGAAAGUGAAGCAGAGGAAAAGAGAAUGGCCUCCAGGUAUGCCAAUGAUAUUGAGAUAGCUCAUGCUGAAAGAGACUUCCAUCUUAAGAAAGCAGCGUACGACAAGGAAGUGUUCGCCAAGAAAGCCGAGAGUGACCUAGCCGCAGAAUUGCAGACUGCAAAGACGCGUCAGAUGAUAAAGGAUGAGGAGAUGCAGGUCAAGGUCAUUGAGAGAACUCAGCAGAUUCAGCUUCAAGAACAGGAAAUUACACGACGUGAGCGUGAGCUGGAAGCCAAGGUCCGCAAACCAGCCGAGGCGGAGAAAUACAAGAUGGAGAAACUGGCUGAAGCUGAUAGGAACCGAGUUAUACUGGAGGCAGAAGCAGAAUCAGAGUCGGUACGUGUGCGCGGGGAAGCGGAGGCGUACGCUAUCGAGGCGAAGGCUAAAGCUGAGGCUGAACAGAUGGCAAAGAAGGCAGACGCAUGGAAGGACUACCAGGAUGCUGCUAUGAUAGACAUGAUCCUGGAAACAUUACCUAAAGUUGCUGCUGAGAUCUCGGCACCAUUGUGUCAUGCAAAGAAGGUUACCAUGGUAUCAAGUGGUAAAGGAGAUGUGGGAGUGUCUAAACUUACAGGAGAGGUGUUUGACAUUAUGGAGAAGAUGCCAACAGUUGUUGAGAAGCUCACUGGUAUCAACAUUCAAAAGUCCCAAGUAGUUCAUCAUCAAGUAAUCAAAGUAAAGGAAGCAAAUUAAUCUGAGAACAUCAAGGCUACAGUAAGGCGUCAGUAAGGUGACGAUAGAGAGAGAUAGACCAGCAUUGUGUGACAUGUAACAUUAGAAAAGUGAAUAUUUACCAUCAAAUGUUAAACCACGUAGAAUGAUACACAGAUCAUAGAGGAAUCUUCAUCAUUGUCUUUUUUUUAUACAAUUUUCAUAUUGAAUACUCGAUAUUGUGUAAUCUUGGUGUAAUAUAUAACUUUUUCAUGAAUUUCGUCAAAGUGUUGUACAAUCAAAAUCUACGUUAUACUUUCGUUUUACUGAGUAUUUCUUUCGUGAUGAAGUAGAUGAUUAAAUGGUUUGAUUAGUUGUUUUUUUUCACUCCCAUCUUGUUUGAAGAAAUGGAUGUAGAAAUUUCAAGAAAUUUGAUAGUAUCUUAGUUUGAUUUUUUUUAUUCCUUCAAAAUGGAAAUGACAAGAGAAAGAAAUAUUUAUGACAAGAAAUGUUAGAUAACAAGUUAUUCUGACCAGAGAGGAACCCGUUUUAUCUAGGUUUGAGAUUUUCAGUUGUACAUGUUUACAAAAUGCCAUGAAUUGAAAUUUUAGUUUGUGAAAUUCUGAAGUAUUAAUAUAUGUUUUCACUUUUAUUAUUUAUAUUGCAUUUAUUUAAAUAAAGAUAAAAGAUAUUCAGAAAAGUUUUAAUCAUGUAAUUAAUGUAUUGAACAAAUACCACAUUUAUCAUAUUUUGUAUGCAUGAUAAUGUUUGUAAUAGUAAUAUUUGUAUCACAUGAUCUAUAAAUAGAACUUCUGCACUUGAGAGUCACAUGGUGUCCUUAUAAAGUAUAAAAACACAAACUGUAAACAAAAUCAGUACAUUGAAAAGUUUUGCCUUAUGUUUCAUUGAUAAUAGGUACCAAAAAGUUUGUCUUUUUAUAUCACCCUCAAGCAUGUUAUGCGAACAUAUACACAUGUAGUACUAAAUAUGUAAUUAUAUAAUGGUCAACAAGUUUUUUUUAUGAAAAAUAACAUCAAGAAUCCAUCAGAUUUUAAUUUCAUGGACACUGUAAUUUCAUGGACACAGUUAUUUCAUAGACACGGUAAUUCCAUGGACAUGGGGAAUAUUUAACUGAUGAUACCUUUUCUAUGUAGAGAAAUGAACAUAGUUGUCCCAUCAUUUAUUUUAAAAGUAGAUAAAAGGAUUUCCCUCCAUAUUUUAAGUAAAUCUCUAGUGUUCACUAAAAUAUUUAUCUAAAAAUAGAUGUUAGAAGUUUACACAUCUAAAUAUAGAGUUUCUACACAUCUAUUUAUAGAUUUAGGUUUUUUUAACUGUUUUUGUACAUAUUUGUUUCACUACCUCCUAUUGUUUUUAUUUCUAAUCUGACCCUUUUAAAUGAAUAUGAAAGCAUUAAAUUGUAAGGAAAAUUUAAGAACUUUCUUGUAAUGAAUGUUUAAAAAUGCUCAGAUUUUUUUUCCCUCUUUACUUUGAUAAUCUACUUUAAGUCUGUUUGGCAGCUAUUACUAAGUUUGUUGUUUUAUUGUGUAAAAUACAAGGCUACUCUUUCAACAGGGAUAUCUUUUUGCUCAUGACAAAAGUUUUAAAAGUCUGUCAAAAUUUCUUAUCUUUUGCAUUAUUCUUUCAAUCAAAUUUUGUAUGAUUUGUUUCCCACUAAGUUAAUUUUGAUGGCAAGAACAUAAUAUAUAUUUUUGGAUGAAUUUCAAUGACACAAAUGUAGGAAUAACUUGUAGGGAAAAGAAUUUUCAGAAAAAAUAUGAAGACAGAUUACUAAAGCAAACUUGAAAUAUAAUUGAUUAGUAUUUAUUGAUUUUAUAAGAUUAUUUUAAAAUUCUCUAGUACAGGAAUACAUCUUACAUGCUUUUUGUGAUGCAAAUGAGAUUUUUUCAACGAAAUCUCUAGCAUAUUUAAGUUAUUUCCCUUAUACUGAUUAAGUAGGUCACUUAACUAGGUAGACAAUUAAAGCAUUUUCAUAUUUGCUAUCUUUCAUUUUAGUUUUUUAUUACCCAUACAGAUUAUUUUAUAUAAUGUAGGCAUGUAUUUUAUAUUAUUUGUUUACCUUUAAUUAUUAUGUAUUGAUUAAAAAAACAACAUCACUUUCAUGGAAUAGAAAUGUGCCUUUAAGUUUCACUUUUAGACUGAAAUGUUAAUUUUCAAAUUUUCAGUAGGAAAAAAUCAGCAGAAGACAAUAUUGCCAGAUUCAGGACAUUAUUUGUUUAAAGUUGCAUUAAAUUUUGCAUGGUAGCCUUAAAACAUAUGCCGAAAAAGGACCAUAAAUGUCAUAAAAUAAACAUUUCAAUCAAAGUCUGUGUAAGAUGCUAUUAAUAUCUUAUGAAUAUUAAUUUGAACAUUUAUGUUUUUAUAUAACAUACACAUUUGUAGAAAAUUUAAUAUUUUUGUAACAAUAUCAAGACAACAGAUAGCCUGUCUUUUUUUCCGAAGAAUUGCUCAAAAUGACAUCCAAAACUAGGAAAAAGUUUAAUUGUUAGUAUAUUGAAAUAAAGUGACGUUUUUUUUUAAAGACAAAAUACAGUGUUCUUAAUUUCUUAAAUCAGUAAAUAUAUUGUAAAAUAUUCUUGAAUCUUGAAAAAUGGCAUGUUUAAAUGAAUUAGCAGUGAAAAUAAGGUGAAUGUGAAACUAAGAACUACAUUGCAAUAUGUAAAUAUUUAUACUUGACUCGUACUGUUUUAAUUUGGUCUUAUUUUGGAUGCUUGUGAUUUUGCAUUUCUUUUGCGUUAUACAUCUAUAUAUAUCAAUAGUGUGUGUAAAAACUUUUCGUAAGUUUUCGAUAGCAAUGCUCAAAAGAUUCACAUUGAUAAUUUCCAACAAAUAUUUUAAAAAAAAUCUUUUUUGGAUAAUAACUGCCUUUUUUGACUACAUUGAAAAAGAUUUUUCAUAAAAAUUGAUACGGGAAAGAAAUCAUCAGUUUCUGUUCAAAAAUACAUUUAACAGUCGAUACAUGUUUUUUACGAUUUUUUUCUUGUAUACAAAUCAUUUCAUUGUACUAUCCAUGUUAGUGAGUAAUAAACAUAAUAUCUCA